AUGGGAAUGAAAUACGGUGAAAGUAUAGGUGCAACGGAGAAUUGGAUGUGGAUGUAUGACCUGGACGAUGCAAUUAAAGCCGACCUUGCUGGCUCCAUUCAUCGUUCACACGGACCACCUCAUUCACCUGCUUUUCUUGAACUAUUCAUCCGCAGCGGCAAGAACUUACUGCUAGAUGCGAUUGCUCGUACAGCAAGUGGUGACAUUACCGGAACAGUACAAUUGAACAAGUAUACUAUAACUCGGUCUCGAUUUUUGAAGUACUGUUCUUACGUGCCUGCUAGACGCGAAUAUCCUGGCUUCAUGACUUUAAAUUCACUUCUUUACUACACUGCAGCACUCACUUUUGGAAAUUUCAGGGCAAAUGACAUCAAGACGAGGCUGCAUUAUUUAAUGCGAACUUUCGAUCUCUUGGGUUACGGUCACGAGAAGCUUGGAGAUUUGUCAAAGACUGCAAGAAGAAGAGUUGCUGUCGCUAUAGCGCUAGUGAAGGAUCCAGUGCUGUUAAUACUCGAAAACCCCUUGCGCGGUUUGGAACCUAUCGCCUGCUACCAGCUGAUCAACUGUCUUCGAAGCUAUGCUAUUGAACAAAAUCGCAUUGUGCUUAUCACAAUCAAUGAGCCUCGAACGGACAUCUGUCAAUCAAUCUCGAGGAUUACUGUACUCUUUCAAGGAAGAGUCAUGUAUUCGGGUGAGCAAAUUCGCGUAAUUGAACAUUCAAUGAUAAUCAAUGUUACCUGA